ACGUUAGGUUGCGAGUCUGCGGGAGGGGGCGCCGGUCUCUCUCUCUCUCACUGUCGCCGCCGCCGAGGCCCCAACGCGCAAAAUGGCGCUCACUCAGGGCGGGACGAGGAAGAAAGUUUGUUAUUAUUAUGAUGGUGAUGUUGGCAAUUACUACUAUGGACAGGGCCACCCAAUGAAACCGCACAGGAUUCGGAUGACCCAUAAUCUGCUGCUGAACUAUGGCUUGUACAGAAAAAUGGAAAUUUAUCGUCCCCACAAAGCUUCAGCUGAAGAAAUGACAAAGUACCACAGUGACGAUUACAUCAAGUUCCUGCGGUCCAUCCGUCCAGACAACAUGUCUGAAUACAGCAAGCAGAUGCAAAGAUUUAAUGUAGGUGAGGACUGCCCUGUAUUCGAUGGGCUGUUUGAAUUUUGCCAGUUGUCAACUGGAGGCUCAGUUGCUGGAGCUGUGAAGUUGAACAAACAGCAAACUGAUAUUGUCAUCAACUGGACUGGUGGGCUUCAUCAUGCAAAGAAAUCAGAGGCAUCUGGUUUUUGUUAUGUGAAUGACAUUGUCUUAGCUAUUCUCGAGCUACUUAAGUAUCACCAACGAGUGUUGUAUAUUGAUAUUGAUAUCCAUCACGGCGAUGGGGUUGAAGAGGCCUUUUACACCACAGAUCGAGUGAUGACAGUUUCGUUCCAUAAGUACGGUGAAUAUUUCCCUGGCACAGGAGAUCUGCGGGAUAUAGGUGCCGGUAAAGGCAAGUACUAUGCUGUAAACUUCCCUCUGAGAGAUGGAAUUGAUGAUGAAUCCUAUGAAUCCAUAUUCAAACCUGUCAUGGUUAAAGUAAUGGAGAUGUACCAGCCCAGUGCAAUCGCUCUCCAAUGUGGUGCUGAUUCUCUAUCUGGAGACCGGCUGGGCUGUUUUAAUCUUACCAUUAAAGGACAUGCCAAGUGUGUUGAAUUUGUGAAGAGCUUUAACUUACCUCUGCUAAUGCUGGGAGGUGGAGGCUACACAAUCCGCAAUGUGGCUCGAUGCUGGACAUUUGAGACAUCUGUAGCUUUGGGCGCUGAGAUCCCAAAUGAGCUGCCAUACAAUGAUUACUUUGAAUACUUUGGACCAGAUUUUAAGCUGCACAUCAGUCCUUCUAAUAUGACAAACCAGAACACGAUUGAGUACCUGGAAAAGAUUAAGCAGCGUUUGUUUGAGAACUUGCGGAUGUUGCCCCACGCGCCUGGUGUUCAGAUGCAGCCAAUCCCAGAGGACGCAGUUCCAGAAGACAGCGGAGAUGAGGAUGAAGACGAUGCAGACAAGCGCAUUUCCAUUCGUGCGUCAGAUAAGAGAAUAGCGUGUGAUGAAGAGUUCUCAGACUCUGAAGACGAAGGGGAAGGAAGUCGCCGGAACGCUGCGAAUUACAAGAAACCAAAGCGCUCGAAGGUGGAGGAGGAGAAGGAAGAAGAGAAAACAGCAGAUGGUAAAGAGGAAGAAAAGGCCAAAGAUGGAGUUCCAGAAAAACUAGAGACUAAAGGAAUAAAAGUAGAAGAGACGAAACCAAGCAAUGCAUAAAUCAAGAUGGGAAUUGUAUUGACUCAACUCUGUCCCCUCACGGCAUGGUUACUGUAGUGGAGCGUUGUUAGAUGACCCUAGAAAUGCUUAUUUUUUUACAACAAUACAAUGGACCAUGUAAGUUAUUUGUAAACAAUUUUGACCUUAACAGUUUCAACUGUGAUCCCCAGAAGUUAAAUUGUUAAAAGUGAAGUUGAUUAAGGAGUUGUUAAAAAUGUUUCUGUAUUUUCCAGUAUAAACAAAUGGCAUUUUCCACUCUAGCCAAAAACAAAUCAUUUUGCUAAGCACAUAAACUCUUUAAUCAGCUCCUCUAAACUGUCCCUAAUGGGUCCCCCUAUGGCCUAGUGUAGUACUAAAGCCGUACAGACCAGGUGGGUGCGGGCCCAAUCUGUGGUCUGUGCUGAGUUAGCUGAUCUCAGCCAGGGCAGCAGCAGUAGAUGCUACAAUUGGCAUUCGUACGCCUGGGCUAGGGAAGGUAUAUCAGCCAGGGUUCCUGCUCCUCAUCGCUAGCCAGUGACCUCUGCUGGCAAAUACAUGUGUACGUGCACAUGAAGAGGAUGUGGUGGGUUUGAGCUCUGAUACUAAAGAGCCUGCCAACACUUGUUUGCUUGUAAAGAAUGGUCACAAGAGGCUAGGUAACGGAGGGUUGCGUUUGCUGAUGGAACCUUAUUCCAGUUCAUGUAAGCACCUUUAGAAGAGAAGGGCAGAAAAUUACUUGUAGAAAAUUUAAAAACUUUUCUUUCAUUUUUACAAUCCACUUAAUGAAUCGUUUGUACUUCUGUGAAAAUACUGAAUCCUGUAACUCUCCCACUUUGGAAGUAGUAAUCAGAUGUGUGAAAUGAAUAUACUAUUAACUUUUUUUUAUAUAUGAUGAACUGGGUCAAAUCAGUUGAUCUGUAUCCUUAAAGAGGCUCCUUUAGGAUAUGUUUUCCAAUUUUAAACUUUAUAGUAAAACUCGUACAUUACCCAAGUGAAA